AUCGUACUGCUCCUUCUGGUUCUGUUAGACGGUCCGGUCCGGGUUCUCCGUCGCCAGGGAAUGAUGAUGAUGAUGAUGAUGAUGAUGAUGAUGCAGCUGAAGUGGGGAUGUCUGGAACCCUCAUCACUGCUUAGCUGUCUGCUAGAUGCUGGUAGUCGGUGUGGCGGAGUGCUCCAUUACCGCUUAGACCGGAUCCACCGGAUCCACCAGUGAGAACCCAGAGAGGAACCAGUGAGGAACCAGCGAGGAGCUACGCACAGGCAUGACGAUGCGCUUGUUUUGAGGCCCUGAGCAGCGUGUCGUGUGCUGCCGGGCGGGGCUUCGGCUGGCGCUGUCCGGCAGCGUGGUUCUUAAACGUUCCAGGAGUCAUUACACACUACUGCAGCUUGCCGACAAUGUGGGAGAAAAUCUUUCUGCUGCUGCUUCACAGUGUCGAAGCUGCAGUGACGUCCCAGUGCCUGCAGGGGGCCACGUUCUCGAAAGCGGUGGUGUGCCCGCCGGUAACGUCUGGUGGCGUGCUGCGCGUCCCCGGCAUGGUGUCUUUGCAGCAGUGCGUGGCGGCAUGCUGCGACCUACCAGGCUACAACCUGGCCUGGAUGUUCGAGGGACGCUGCUACGUCGUGAACUGUCAGGGCGAUGAGUGUCGGCCCCAGCACAGACCCGGGGCCGAUUCCUUCCUCGCCUUUCUGCGGAGAACGUCGCCCCAUACCCUGGGGCUGCAGUCGCUGGUGAGGGGGGGGGCAUACACAGGCCGCCUGAGGGCCCUCUCAGAGUCCUCAAAGGCCCCCGGGGACCUGGAGGACCUGAGAGGUCCCGGGUACCUGGAGGCCUUAGAGGACCUGGACCUGCUGGACGGACCCCAAAUGGAACUCUCUGCCGGCACUCUGGAGGCAGCGUAUCCAGAGGUAAGUCAGGAAGAGAGGGGGGAGUCUCUGGAGAGAAGAGACCAGUUAAACCAAUCAGAGGCAGAGGAGGGUUUGGAGGGAGGGUGGACGCAAAGCAGAGACUCGUCGGGGUGGAAGGGAGACGGAAACAUCUGGAGCCCGACUGGUGCUGCAGAUACGACGAACAAUACACGAAGCAGCGUAGAUCGAACGACUGUCUACUCCCAUCGCAACCAUAUAAGGACUCCCGCUCCAGCUCAGCCCCAUCGGCCUAUCAGCACGUCCCUGCAGCCAGUAUCAGAGGUUGGGGUGUCAAACCGUGGCCCGGUGGUGGGUCGGAACAGGAAGUUGCUCCUCCCGGUCAGCAGCUUGUUGCUCGAUGGCGGCGGCGACAUCAGUGACGACGUUGGCAUUGAGAGCUACCGCUUGGACGCCGUCAGUGGGCCGCUUGGGGUAAGACUGGAUGGGGCGGAUCAGGCAGUCAACACAGCAACGGGCAUCCAGGCAGACACGUUCAGGCUGACCGUGCCCGACCAGCAGGGGUCAGCGUCGCUGAGUGUCAGAGUGCAUGAAGCCCCCAGUCCCCCCCCUGUGGCCCACGCCAGCGGCAGCCACACCGUUUCUCUUCCCAACAGCUCUCUGGUUCUUAGGGGCUCCGUAACCGACGGAGACCAGACGGAUGUCCACUACCUUUGGAUCAGAGACAGCCAAAGUCCUGCUGCUGGGUUGAGACAUUACCUCCGUCAGGCUCGGACAGGAGAAUUUGGCACGAUCCAUAAGGACGUCCUGUACAGCUCUGAGACUCAGGCCUCCCUCUACCUGUCCAACCUAGUGGAAGGAACCUACCUUUUCCAGCUGAGGGUGACUGACGCUCAGGGGCGUUCAAGCACAUCCACGGCCACCGUUGAGGUCCGACCUGAGCCGGGGGGGAUUGAGGAGGUGGAGCUGGAGAUGCUGGUGUCGGUGUCUCAGGUGAGCGUGGCUCAGAGGGACACGGUGGUCCGACAACUCGCCGCACUUAUCCAUGUCCUGGACAGCGAGGUCCAGGUUCGAGCUCUGCAAGGCCACUCCCACCGCAGCACGGUGUUGCGGUUCUCUGUCCUCGGCCCCUCAGAACCGAUCUCUGGCUCCCGGCUGGUGGUUCUGCUGAGAAACCAGUUGCUCAGCGAGAAGAGCGACUACCUGCUGUUCAGGGUCCUGAGAGUCGACACUGUUUGUGAGUUUAAACAAGUGUGCCUGCUUCGCUGCUCGGGGCGAGGUCAGUGUGAUCCAAUCACAAAGGAGUGUGCAUGUGACCCCUUCUGGACGGAGAACCUGGUUCGCCUAUACCUUGGUGAUGGAGAGAGCAACUGUGAGUGGAGGGUGCUGUACGUCAUCUUGACCAGCUUCCUGCUCAUGGUCUCCAUCCUGUGCCUCAGCUGGAUCUUCAUCUGCUGCUGCAGGAGGAGGAGACAGACCAGAGUGAGGAGGAAAACCAAAUACACCAUGCUUGAUAACAUGGACUUGCAGGAGAGGGUGGAGCUCAGACCCAAAUUCAGUGAGUCUGUAACAUAUAGCGUCAUUGAUCCUAAAAAAACCCUCAACAGAGCUUGGAUCCCCCACUGACUGACUCUGGCAUCCCUUUUUCCACCGGUCACUUUCUUUACACUUUUAACUUUUAUUCCUUUAUUUUUCAAUUGUUUAUUCUAUAUCCGCCUAACCCAUAGCCUUAUAUUAUAUUUUAUUUUCAGAGGUUGAGAUACAGAGGGCAGUGUUCACUCAUUUUAUUUGGAAAGAGCAGCAUUUAUAAAAGGACCACAACAGUGUUUAGUUUUUUUGAUGAGAUUUUCUUGUUUUACAUUAGGAAUCAAACCCCUCACUUUCUGCAGGUAUCAAACACCAGUCUGAUGAAGUCAGAGUCUGAGCUGGACAGCGACCAGGACACCCCGUUGAGCUCCUGAUCCAUCUCUUGAUCUUUAACCCAUCUCCUUUCUCCACAAGUUCAAGUUAUUCUUGAAAACCUUAUAGAAAUAGCAGAAAAUGUGGAAGUUUACUAGGGAGGGAAUUUACUAAGCUGACGUUUCUGCUUGGUUGGAUUCUGGACAGAAGGUCUCAGCAUCGCUGUACAUUACUAUUUAUGAGAGAUGCGUCGGAUCAAUUUCACAUAGACGCACUUUUCAACAUCAGGGGGCACAAAAGUAGAAUAAAGAAAUCCAGGAUAAGUGAAAAAGUGCAGCUUGACUUAGUUUGAUCUUAAUCGGUUUCACAUUUGCCGACCCGAAAGGAGAAGCUCAGUCAAUCCAGGUGCACACAGCUGGAUCAGUGCACGUUGACGGCUUUCUUAAGAAGACCACGGUGUCCAUCACAGAUCUACUGAUGCACAGAUGGAGAAGACGCGCGCGGCGUAUUUUUCAUCCACUGAGCAGCAACUAAUUAUGGAAACUUAUGAGAUGAAGCAUCUAAUAUGUAAAAAAUGAAAUAUUGCAGCUGUAAUUAAACAGAGACAGUUGAGGACCGACUGAAUGUAGAAGGAUUUAAAAAGAUUUAGUUACUAGGGAAGCUGUACACCGUUUUAUGUGUCCGUUUUAUUGCUGUAUCUGUUUAUGUGCUAAAUGUGCUGGUUUUACUGUAAAGUGUCUUUGAGUAGCCUACCAUGUAAAGCACUAUAUAAAUAAAAUGUAUUAUCAGCCUA